UUGUCAACGCAACAGCAGAGCUUCAGUCCAGGCAAACGUGUCUGUGUUUCUGUCUGAAGAAACUUCAUCUGAGUUCAUCUAUUCUCUCUCAACAUCUAACUCAAGUACUGUGUGUAGACAUGUCUGCUGCCAGACUUCUGAGAUCUGAAGAUCAGUUUCUGUGCUCCAUCUGUCUGGAUGUGUUCACUGAUCCAGUCUCUACAUCAUGUGGACACAACUUCUGUAAACACUGCAUCACUCAACACUGGGAUACUACUCAGCUAUGUAAGUGUCCACUGUGUAAAAAAGUGUUUGAGACAAGACCUGAGCUAGACAUCAACACUUUCAUCAGUGAGAUAGUUGCUGAGUUCAGACAUGAAGCUCAACAGAAAACCAGCAGCAGCAGCUCAGAACAACAAGCUGCCAAACCAGGAGAAGUUCCCUGUGACGUCUGCACUGGAACCAAACUGAAGGCCCUGAAGUCCUGCCUGGUGUGUCUGCUCUCAUACUGUGACUCUCACCUGGAGCCUCAUCUGACAGUGUCACGCCUGAAAAGACAUCAGCUGAUCCACCCUGUGGAAAACCUGGAAGACAGGAUGUGUAGGAAGCACGACAAACCUCUGGAGCUGUUCUGUAAGACCGACCAGACAUGCGUCUGCAUGCUCUGCUUUGUUUUAGACCACAAGACACAUGAGUUUGUUCCUCUGAAAGAAGAAUAUGAAGGAAAGAAGGCAGAGCUGGGGAAGACAGAAGAUGAAAUUCAGCAGAUGAUCCAGAAGAGACAACUGAAGAUUGAGGAGAUGAAAGAGUCAGUGAAGAUGAAUAAAGAUGCUGCAGACAGAGAGAAAGCAGAAGGUGUUCAGGUCUUCACUGCUCUGAAGGAGUCUGUUGAGAGAGGCCUGGACCAGCUCAUAAAGGAGAUCGAAGACAAACAGAAAACAACAGAGAAACAGGCUGAAGGUUUGAUCGAAGAUCUGGAACAGGAAGUCUCUGAGCUGAUGAAGAGGAGCUCUGAGGUAAAGCAGCUCUCAUGCUCUGAAGACCACCUCCACCUCCUCCAAAGCUUCUCCUUCCUGAAAGAUGCUCCACCAACAAAGGACUGGACAGAGGUCAGCGUCCGUCCACCAUCAUAUGAGGGGACUGUGGUGAGAGCUGUGACUCAGCUGGAGGAGACACUCAGGAAAGACAAGAAGAAGCUGCUUGAAGCUGAGCUGAAGAGAGUCCAGCAGUAUGCAGUGGAUGUGACUCUAGAUCCUGAUACAGCAAAUCCUGCACUCAUCCUGUCUGAUGACGGAAAAAAAGCGAAUCAUAGUAAUGUGAGGAAGAAUGUUCCAGACAACCCAGAGAGAUUUUCAUAUUGUGUUUGUGUUUUAGGAAAGAAGAGUUUCUCCUCAGGUAGAUUUUAUUUUCAGGUUCAGGUUAAAGGAAAGACUGACUGGGAUCUAGGAGUGGCCAGAGAGUCAAUAAACAGGAAGGGAAACAUCACACUGAGGCCUCAGAAUGGCUUAUGGACUGUAUGGUUGAGAAAUGCAAAUGAAUAUAAAGCUCUUGCUGGUCCUUCAGUCAGUCUCUCUCUUGGUUCUCGACCUGAGAAGGUGGGGGUGUUUGUGGAUUAUGAGGAGGGUCUGGUCUCCUUUCAUGAUGUAGAUACUGCAGCUCUUAUCUACUCCUUUACUGGCUGCUCCUUCAAUGCCAAACUUUACCCAUUCUUCUGUCCUGAAUUGAAUAAUGGUGGUAUAAAUUCUGCACCUCUGAUCAUCUGUCCUGUCAAUCAAACUGUCUGAUUCAUUUAAUGAUGAAGCUUUGAGAUCAAUGAAUGAACGUAUUGAUCUCUGUACAUAUAUGCUUUAAUACUACAAUACUGGUACAGCUGUAAAGACAAAGAUGUUAGUACAGUUCUGUCCAUUUUUGACACCAACAUUGUGACUUCACAUUUCUUCAGUAAGAUUUUACCAAAUAACACUAACAAUAAAUAAUAAUUUUGAAUUUUUGAGAGUUGAAAGAAGUUUAUGUCGGUAGCGUAGGUGGACGGUUGGCAGUGGAUGGGAGUGUGGGGGCCUUUCUGGCCUGCAAUGGCUUGUGCUCACUUGGUCAGUCUGGGGUUGAUUGCCGUCACUCGCCAUGUCUGCCAGGGUGUGGCAUGCCCCGUGGCUGUGGUGGUUCUCUGGUCUUGGUACCCAUGCGCCCCACACUGGGGUGGUGGUUCUUGGGGGCUGGGGCUUCUGACCUGACUCUGGGCCCUGAUAAUGGUCUCACUCAUAUUUAGGGAAUGCCCACAUGCAUGUGUGAUGUCACCUGCAUUAAGAAGAGUUGAUGAGUUCCGUCUAGUAAGGUCUGGACUGUUCUUUCACUUUAUCACUAUGUGCUCAACGCAGACUUCUCUCCUCUAUUGGGACAUCCUUACCCCCCUGGACUCUCCCAUGUCUCCAGAGAUUCUCUAUUCACUGAGGUGUAGCACUGCCCUCCCUGCCACACA